AUGUCGAAACACCCUCGGAAUGGCCGCAAGGGGCGGCGCGUCCUCGCCGUCGGCCUCAUCUUCGCCAUCACCACCGCGGCGUCGUGCCGUCUCUCCGAUAGCGGUCGGGGGCUCGACAUCGACAGGCCCCCGGAAUGGCCGCGAGGGGCGGCGCGUCCUCGUCAUCGGCUGCGCCUUCUUCACGCAGCAUCGCCUCCGCUCUGCUCCACCCCGGCCUCGGGUCCCUUCGCGUACGCCCUCGCGGCUCCGCCCCGCGGCCGGCUCCCGCCCCCAGGCCCGCAGCACGGCUUCCCGUCGGGGUAUGGCCCCUGCACUUCCUCCACUCGCUGUUUCGACCAGCUCCGUGCGCACGCAUGCUGCUGUGCCCAGGCGACCUCGCCAGCGCCGUCGUCCGUCGCCGCGGCUCCGCCCGCGCCCGGCGUUCCUGCCACUGGACGACGCCUGUGGGCUGGCCGCUCCCCUACGACAUCACUGGUGCGCCUCGCCCUCGCGGCCGCCAGAACCAGCUGCGUCGGCUACGCCGGCCGCCUUCCGCCCGGGCUGGCUCCGCGUCUGGCGCCGUCUCGGCCCUCGGCCGUCUGGGUGAGGGGCCGGCCUUGUCCCCGAAGCUCCCGCCGGGUCGCCUCCGACUGCCGCCUGCGUCGGCUCGACUCCGCCUGCACGCCGGCUCCGCGUCCGCCCGGCCUCGUCCCGCUCCCGGCGCUUGGGCCGACUCCCCGACGCUGGCCCGCCCUGCGCCGGUUCCUCCCCGUGCCGGCUUCCCCGUGCGCCGCCUCGAGCGAGAGGCCGUCCGCCUCGCCGGCUCGCCCGCCGCCCCGGCCGACUACGGCCCCGACGCCAGACGGCCCCGCCGGCUCGCCCGCCGCCCCGGCCGACUACGGCCCCGACGCCAGACGACCUCGCCGGCUCGCCUGCCGCCUCGGCCGACUCCGACCCGCCUCCGCCUCCCCCGCGCGCGCUGGGCCGGCUCGCCGCUCGCCGGCCCCGCCAGCUCGGCCACGGGCCUCCUCCGCUCCGCGCCGACUCGCGGCUCCGCCUACACCCAUGCCCGUCGCCUGCCCGACCUCCUGCUCCAAGGCCGGCUCCCCCCUUCUCCGCAUCCGGCCGGCUGCUCAGCCGGCUCGAGCGCGGUGGCCGGCUGCGCUCCUCCUCCACUACCGUGCCGGCUGCCACGCGCGGACAAGAAAUAGAGAAAGGGAGGAGGAGUCCGACUGA